CUACUAAUAUGUCCUCCAGUUACUCGAUUCUUCUAUGGACAUAGGGAGUUUACCUAUAAGCUGUUAAUCCAGGGAGACUCUUCAGGGAGACUGUGUAUUUGGAGCGUGCCUGAUACUCUUGAACAACAAGAUAGUGCAAAAGGACUGCAGACAACAACUUCAGUAUCCCUCCAGGAAGCUUUUGAUAAACUUACUCCUCGCCCUGCUGGGAUUAUAGACCAGCUAAGCUUAAUACCAAACAUCAAUGAGCCACUUAAAGUUACAGCCAGCGUAUAUAUCCCAGCACAUGGGCGUUUGGUUUGCGGCCGUGAGGAUGGAAGCAUUGUUAUUGUGCCAGCAACACAAACUGCUAUAGUUCAGCUUCUGCAAGGAGAGCAUAUGCUUAGGAGAGGUUGGCCACCUCACCGGACUCUCCGAGGCCAUCGAAACAAAAUUACUUGUUUACUGUAUCCUCAUCAGGUGUCUUCUCGUUAUGAUCAAAGGUAUUUGAUCUCAGGUGGUGUGGAUUUCUCAGUCAUCAUAUGGGAUAUAUUUUCUGGAGAGAUGAAACAUAUCUUCUGUGUACAUGGUGGAGAAAUUACACAGCUUCUAGUUCCACCAGAAAACUGUAGUGCGAGAGUCCAGCACUGUAUUUGCUCUGUUGCCAGUGAUCACUCAGUAGGUCUUCUGAGUCUGCGGGAGAAAAAAUGCAUCAUGCUGGCGUCUCGUCACCUUUUCCCUAUUCAAGUAAUAAAAUGGAGGCCUUCCGAUGACUAUCUGGUGGUAGGAUGUUCAGAUGGGUCUGUGUACGUCUGGCAAAUGGAUACUGGUGCUCUGGACAGGUGUGUGAUGGGAAUAACGGCAGUGGAAAUCCUGAAUGCCUGUGAUGAGGCCCUCCCAGCGGCUGUGGACUCCCUGAGCCAUCCUGCUGUCAACCUGAAGCAGGCCAUGACUAGGCGUAGUCUGGCUGCUCUGAAAAAUGUGGCGCAUCAGAAACUGCAGACUCUUGCCACUAACCUACUCGCUUCUGAAGCAUCUGACAAGGGGAAUUUACCUAAAUAUUCCCAUAACUCUCUGAUGGUUCAAGCUAUAAAGACUAACUUAACAGAUCCAGAUAUACAUGUGCUCUUCUUUGAUGUUGAAGCCCUGAUUAUUCAGCUACUGACUGAGGAGGCCUCCAGACCCAACGCUGCACUCAUUUCUCCAGAGAAUUUACAGAAAGCCUCUGGCGGGUCUGACAAAGGAGGCUCCUUUCUGACUAGUAAACGAGCAGCCGUCCUCUUCCAGCAGGUCAAGGAAACAAUCAAAGAGAAUAUAAAAGAGCAUCUUCUUGAUGAUGAAGAUGAGGAUGAAGAAUCGAUAAGGCAGAGAAGAGAAGACGGUGACCCAGAAUAUCGCUCUAGCAAAUCUAAACCAUUAACUUUAUUGGAAUAUAAUCUGACCAUGGAUACAGCAAAGCUUUUUAUGUCCUGUCUUCAUGCCUGGGGCCUGAAUUCUGUUCUAGAUGAGCUUUGCCUUGAUCGUCUUGGGAUGCUUAAGCCACACUGUUCAGUGUCCUUUGGCCUUCUGUCUAGAGGAGGCCACAUGUCUCUGAUGCUUCCUGGCUAUAAUCAGCCUGUAGGCAAACCGUCAUAUGAUACCGUGGAGUUAGGAAGGAAAAUGUCCGUUACAGAAGGACUCGGAAAGGGGACGUAUGGUGUAUCACGUGCAGUCACCACUCAACAUCUCCUGUCUGUUAUCUCCCUGGCCAACACACUGAUGAGUAUGACCAAUGCAACUUUUAUCGGAGACCACAUGAAGAAAGGUCCGACCAGGCCCCCUAGGCCAGGCACUCCUGAGAUGUCAAAAGUGAAGGCACCCCCUUCAAUUUCAAGUCAUGCAGCCCAAGGACAGAUUAAGCAAGUUGCUCCUGCUGUUUCUUCUAGCACUGAAGCUGGUCACUCUGGCUCUGACACUGCUCCUACUUUACAUACCUGUUUCUUAGUCAAUGAAGGGUGGAGCCAACUCGCUGCUAUGCACUGUGUAAUGCUCCCUGACCUCUUGGGGCUGGAUAAAUUCAGACCUCCUCUUCUGGAGAUGCUGGCUCGCAGGUGGCAGGAUCGAUGCUUGGAGGUAAGAGAAGCUGCCCAGGCCUUAUUGCUGGCAGAACUGAGAAGAAUCGAGCAGGCAGGUCGGAAAGAAACCAUUGAUGCGUGGGCUCCUUAUUUACCACAGUACAUUGACAGCGUUAUAUCACCUGGGGUAACCACGGAAGCCAUUCAAACUGGUAGUGCAAGCCCAGAUUCAUUGGGAACAGAAGCAAAAGUUCAGGAAGAAGAGCAUGAUCUGGUUGAUGAUGACAUCACGGCAGGUUGUCUCUCUGGUCUCCCACAAAUGAAAAAAAUAUCUACGUCCUAUGAAGAGCGACGGAAACAAGCCACGGCCAUCGUCCUGCUGGGAGUGAUCGGGGCGGAAUUUGGAGCUGAAAUCGAACCUCCAAAACUUCUCACUCGGCCACGUAGUUCCAGUCAGAUUCCCGAGGGAUUUGGUUUGACUAGCGGUGGAUCUAAUUAUUCCUUGGCAAGGCAUACCUGCAAGGCACUGACGUUUCUGCUGCUGCAACCACCCAGCCCCAAGCUGCCUGCACACAGCACCAUCCGCAGAACCGCCAUCGACCUCAUUGGCCGCGGCUUCACCGUCUGGGAGCCCUACAUGGACGUCUCUGCCGUACUGAUGGGCCUUCUGGAGCUCUGUGCUGAUGCGGAGAAACAACUGGCGAACAUCACAAUGGGGCUGCCUCUGAGCCCGGCCGCCGACUCUGCCCGCUCGGCGCGACACGCUCUCUCCCUCAUCGCCACCGCCAGACCACCCGCCUUCAUCACCACCAUCGCCAAGGAGGUGCACAGACACACUGCCCUCGCAGCAAACACGCAGUCUCAGCAGAAUAUUCACACCACCACUCUUGCUCGGGCCAAAGGAGAGAUCUUGAGGGUCAUUGAGAUACUUAUCGAGAAGAUGCCUACCGACGUUGUGGACCUUCUUGUGGAGGUUAUGGACAUCAUCAUGUAUUGCCUUGAAGGAUCUUUAGUUAAGAAAAAGGGUCUUCAGGAGUGCUUUCCAGCCAUCUGCAGGUUCUACAUGGUCAGCUAUUACGAGCGGAGUCACAGAAUAGCAGUGGGAGCUCGCCAUGGUUCAGUGGCCCUCUACGACAUCCGGACUGGGAAAUGUCAG